AUGGACGCACAAUAUAGCAUGGAGCCAUUGCCUGCCAUGCCACCCCAAUACAAAAUGGACGAACCAUACUACGAUGUGCAACAAUCCUCUAAAGUUAUACCUCCUCAUAUGGCAUCUGCUCAGUCCCGCACGCUAGCGGUGGACUUCACAUGGAAGAAGUUUAAGGCUCUCGUCUCCGAUUCCAACUCCUCAAACCCAAAUCCUCUGUACACAGUCUCUUUCCAAAUGGUAUCAGCACCACAUCUGCGCUUCAAGUCUACCGAAACGGGUCAGCAAAUCGGGACAGGCACCGUGCACGCAUUCAGUAUUAACCCUGAUUAUCAGCUCCACGGAGCCAAACACACUCUAAAGGCCCAGAAACGUCUGGUAACAAACUAUACACACAUGUCUUCCGCUUUUUCGGACACAGAUACGCCCGUUAAGAUGACAUGGACGGGUGAAGUUGGUUUGAAGACAUGGAGUUUCAUCUGCGUCGAUGAAAACCAAGUACCGGUGGCCAAAUUCUCUGCCAAUCUAUGGGCUGUUAAAAAGCUUGCGAAGAUCGAGCUCAUGGGCCCCAAGGCCCUUGACGAUGCCGUCCGGGACGAAAUUGUGGUGGUAGGAUUUACUUUGUUCUACUGCAUGUACCUUCGGGCGAACAAUAUCUUCAACCUCUUUGGCUCUGCCUUCCUCCGACCUGAUAAGGAAGGCAAGGCAGAAAAGGGAGGCAAGGAAUAA